AUGACAGUGGUGGUGACAGUGACGGUAGAGGCUGUGCCAGAGGUGAUGCCACUUUCACUAAUGGGGGCCAUGACCAGUGCCACUCACAACAAGAUGAUGGUUAAUGCGGCACUACACGUGAAGGAAUUACGAGAGAUGGAAGAGGUCGAGUAUAAGAUUGACCAGGCGACGAAAGGAGCGAGCCAGACAGCAGAGAGUAGGGGCCAGGUGGGCCAGGUGGGCCAGGUGGGCCAGGUAGUGGCACAGGUAGUGGCACAGGUAGUGGCACAGGUAGUGGGGAAAUACCUGGACGGGUGCCACCUGGUAGUGGUGACAGCGAACAUACACUCACCAACCUUCACAAACAUCGUCAGGUGGUUGAGUUUCGGUGGGAAGACCGCCGUACUGGUGGAUGUAGGUUCAUCUCUGCUUACCACUAACCUCAACAACCAUCACUCCGGCAGUCAGCACCCUGAUAGCCAGCAGUGCGACAACCAGCACUUCGACGCGGGACGACCCCUCGUUAGCGACACACUGAAGGAGUACCUUGCUGAGGGAGACACGAAGCUUAACUGCAGAUCUUUCCUGCUGGACUUCACCUCUUGUACUGAGGUGCUCCUAUACUCUUUCUUCACCUCGCUCCUCCUCCUCCUCCUCGACCCCGUCAGGAAGUUCCUGAGGGAGGUGAAACUGUACCUGCAGCCUAAGACCCGUGUUGUGGGCGUGGGGUCGGUGGCACGGACAUGGGCGCUGCUGAGUGAUGGCAGCCUUCGCAACACCAUACACGCCCUCUACCUGGCUAUCACAGCGCCCUCCUCCACCAUGACACUCUCUUCUGAGGCUGCUGACUGUGCCUGGUCAGGUGCCUGUGUUGGGAUGGUGUGGGUGUAUGUAAGGUGCCUCUACUGCUCUUCAGGUGACCCUGGGGUACGAGCCCUGGGGGCGUGGAGACCUGGUCAAGGUCUUCUUCCAGGGAGAUCACCAUUCCUAGGUGAGCACCUUUUCCCAAGGCCUUCUCGACAACAGCGUCUUGGCACCUUACCAAAAGCUUCAGCUGCCGGAAAUCUUGUGACCAAGAUCCGCGUUGGGAGACACUUGUCCUGUUUCCUGACAAACCUUACCUCAAAUUACAAAUCCGGUUCCUUAAAUCAUAUUUCAAGUGAAAAGAGUUUCAGAAGUGUAAAUUCCGUGAGAGGACAAAUCGAAUACAUUUCGACGACUGAAAAAAAUAUUUCCGACGAACUCGGGACUAUUCCAGAGAGGUUCGAGGACAUGAUGGGACACCGCGUGAACGUGGUCUGCAAGAGCUUCUUUCCCUUCAUGGAGUUCCAGAGGGACACUGACGCCCCUGGCAGCACCGUCACCCCCAAGGACUCCCUCGAUGUCCGCAUGUUGAACGUCGUUCUCCGGAUCCUUAACUUCACGUACGUCUACAGAAGAGAAACGUAUGAGAUGAGGAUGGAAACGAGAGAUGAGUGGGGUACUGAAGACAACGGUACCUGGACGGGUCUGGUGGGCACGCUGGCGGAGGAGAGAGCAGACUUCUCCAUGAACCUUUUUUGGUCCUAUUCCAGGAAGCUGGUCAUCGACUUCACCAGGAUCUAUACCAAUGAACCUUUUAUCAUGGUCACCCAUAAGCCCAGCCCGCAGCCCCAGAACCUAGCUCUUGUCCGGCCGUUCACAGGUAUCCAGCACCUAGCCCUAGCCAGGUCCUUAACAGGUACUCAGCACCUAGCUCUAGCCAGGUCCUUAGCUGGUCCUAAGCACCUAGCUCUAGUCAUGCCAUUCACAGCUUGCCAAGUUAUCAUGCAACACAAGCUUGCCAAGUUAUCAUGCAACACAAGCUUGCCAAGUUAUAUUGCAAUACAAGCUUGCCAAGUUGUCUUGCAACACAAGCUUGCCAAGUUAUCAUGUAAUACAAGCUUGCCAAGUUAUAUUGCAACACAAGCUUGCCAAGUUAUAUUGCAAUACAAGCUUGCCAAGUUAUCAUGCAAUACAAGCUUGCCAAGUUCUAUUGCAACACAAGCUUGCCAAGUUAUCUUGCAACACAAGCUUAUAGCCUCGGAAGGGACUUUCAAGUCUUCUGCUGUCUGCCUUUCCCGUGUACUCCUGACCUGCUGUCCCUUCUCUGGUGUAGCGCUGCUGUGGGUGGCGGUGAUAGUAUCGACGGUGGUGUCUGGUGUAGUGUUGUGGUUGGUACAGCUGGUGUGGGCGGGGGUGUUCAAGAAGCGUGGCUUGAACCUCACUACGUCUCUCCUCUACACCUGGUCCAUCAUGCUGGAGGAACCAUUCAUCCGCUCACCUGCCAACUUCACUGGACAGAUGGUGGUGGGAUGGUGGUGGGUGUUCUGCCUGGUCAUCACUACCAUGUAUCGUUCCUCCCUCAUCGCCUACCUCUCCGUGCCCAUCACCUCCCCUCCUAUAGACACCAUAGAGCAGCUCCUGGCUCAGCCUGGCUCCACCUGGGGGAUUGAGCCGGGUCUCGGGCUGGGAUGGGACUGGUUCAAGUUUAGCACCAACCCUUCAGUCAAGAGCAUGUUUCCCAAGCUUAAGGUGCUGGACAUGGAGACACAGAUGGCGCAGGUGCUGAAGGGUCACCACGCCUUCUUCACUUGGAAAUACUACGUUAAAACCAUCAUUGCUGCCCGCUUCACCGACAGAUUCGGCAACACCCCAAUACAUGUGAGCCAAGACGAGUUCAUCCCUGGCUCCAAUGGCUGGGGUGUCAGGUAUGAGGCAUUAUCUUGGGUUCCUGUGGCUGGUGUGUCAGGUAUGCUGUAUAAUCUUGGGCUCCAGUGGAUGGAGCUACUGCAAUCUCUAUGAUUUUAUAUACAUAAAGCUAUGCAUACGGUGGCAGUGAUUUUAUUUAUUGGGCAGGGAGGAAUAACAUCUUGUAUGAGUUAGGAGAAGCAGAUGAAGUUGUGCGUGAAGCAGUGGAUAGAUUAAAAGGGGGAUAAAGCAUCUGGAAAAAACAGUAUCAAGAGACGGGCAGAACACCAUCAACAGCUUGGAACUGCCCUGUAUAAUUCACAGAUGAUAAAGAAAAAGAGAACCAGUUGCCAUCUUAGACGUUUCACUCCACACUGGCAAGGAUAGAUUUAUUCAAAGUAUAUAGGAAACCUGCUUACAAGGACGACUUGCUUUAUUAUUACUUCCAUCACGAUAAUAGAUCUAAAAGAGCCUUUGUGAUACGAUUUUUUCUAAGGGCAUAUAAGAACUGCAGCCCACAGUUCCUCUAAGAGGAAUGUUAAUACAUUACUCGGGCUUUCAAACUACUGGGCUGCACGGAUUCUUAUAACGAACACAGGUAGCAAUCCAAGGCCUGUUGUACCUGGCCGUAACUAAUGCCUCCAGACAAUGAUCAAUCCAGACAAUCAAAGGCGAUGGAAAACACAGGAAAAGUAGUUAUUUCUUUACCUGUACACUCCCUUCACCAAAAUAUGUACAGCAUUUACAGAAUUAAAUCGGCUGUAUGACAAUAAUAAUCCAGAAAGAAAAGAACUACGUAUAACAAGAGGAUUUACAUCUCAGAAUAGAGAAGUGAGUAUAAGUGUACCAGACCAGCUUGAGUGAGCGUCUCAUCCACUGCCGAGCGAUCAAGCACAACGUCACCUCGGCUGGCAGGACCAUCUCUCACACUGUUGAUUAUAUUCAUGUCACCCCAAGCAAUUAUUUUACAUGACUCAACAUUCCUAACACAUUCACUUAACAUCUCCCAGGAUCCCACCUUUCUCAUUUUCACUCAUAUCCCCUUAUAAAAUAUUAAUACAAGUAACGCCGUCCACAAUAAACACACACACAAAAAAAAAUAAAUCUGGAAGUAAUGAAGUCGACCCUCAUGGUAGCCUCCAUCUGUUUGCAAAAGAGGUUUCGGCAGCCACUUCUGCAACCUGGCUGGCUAGUUUGUCUCACUGUUACUGUCUCCAAUACUGCUGUAUUUUGCAGUGAUAUCUUGAUGUAAUAUACAUUCGCAACCCUAGCACCAUAUGUCUUG